UUCCUCGUGAUUCGUGAGCGAUGAAUUGGGUGAGAUGGUAUUAAAUGCAGCGGAUCAUUCUGGGCUGUGGUUUUGUCUGCGGACGCCUUUCCUUCUUUAGCCGCUCCUCGGUUGCGUGAUCCAACCACUGCCAUCUCACCUUCGUCGUCCGCUCCGCUUUCGCUGUUGUCGCCUCGUCCUUCUCCUCCAUGGACCUUCGCUGAUGGAGUGAUGGGGCAUUAAAUCCGCGCGGCUCUGGUACCAUUCAGAAGGCGCUUCUUUCAUCGCCUCUAUCUUCAAUCCUCUCUCUCUCUCUCUCUCUCUCUCUCUCUCUCUUCAUUCCACUGCGGAAUUUUAGCGCGGGCUUCGCGGCUAAGAACAGGUCUUCAUAUUUGUUGAUCGCUACAAUUUUGAUUUCAAAUGGGCGAAAAUUUUGGCAAGAAAGCUGCCAGAGAACAGAUCUUUUCAAAUGGGGAUCAAAAUGAUGAUCAAAAUAUUAAUCAUAGCUGCAAUGUCAGAUAUAACAGCAAUAGAGGUUCUCAAGUCGGCUUCCAAGGAAGAUAUACAUAUGCAAGAGCUCCUGUGAAUUAUGGUGGGAGUAAAGCAAUUGCUGGAAGCUCUUCUAGUUCAUCUUCUACAUCUAGUAGAUGCUCUAAGUUCUUCCGGGAACAGCAGAAUCAAACAAUUCCAAGGGGAUCAACUGUUGAACAAAAUGGCAGGCAGGGGAAGAUUGAAGAUUUGAUCAAGGUUGACAGGCAGGUUUCUCUGGAGAAUCUAGAUUCUAGAACAGAAAGGAGGAUGGACAAUUCAGAAGACACUCUCACAAUCACAGAACACACUGAACCUUCAAUCUUACAGAAUAUUUAUACAGAUAUAAAUGAGUCAAGAAUUGACACAUCAGUUCAACCGCAUAAUCAAUUUUACUUCAUAAAUCGAGAUUCUUCAAGUUCCAGCAUCAAAGAUACAGCUACCGAAUAUAGGAACUUUAACCCGGCAACUAGAAACAAUUCUGAAAGAUUGGGCUCUGGGACAGAGAGAUGGGGCCUUAAAGGUAUAAGUUGCACAUCGAUAUCUGAUGUUCUUCCUUCAGCUUGUACCUCCUCUCAUGUCCCACAAAAUAGGAGGGUUGAUACAGUAAGAAAGAGACCAUCCGAUGCAGAAAUUUCAGCUGCAAGAAGCAAGGGCAUAACUGCAUCUUCCAGUGGAACAUAUGUAGUUUCCAAUGAUAAUGGUGCUGGCUCAAGUUCAUAUCGACGGGAUCAUUUAACACAUAACCGAACAUCAAGAAUUGCUAGAAACAUACCGACAGCCAGGGAUGAUUCAUUUCCAGUUAGAAUUCGGAGGGGUUAUAGCGAAGAAAGUCAAAUGAGGUUACCUGUGCAUGGUGAUGAAAGUGCUUUCCCAUUGCGUGAGUCCUUUGUCUACCCCCGUUACACGUGGUCUCAAUUUUCAGUACCUGAAGUACAACCUGAAAGUUCAUCAAGAUCAUCACACGCUUUGCAUAGUCCUUAUAGGCGGCCAGAUUUAAGCAAUCAGGCUUCUCAAAUUAGAUUCAUGCCUCAUCUAGAAGAUAACACUGGUGGAAUGCUCGUCAGUUCUUUGAGUUUGGGGGAUAGAGAUGACUACAGACGCUUAGGCAUGGGUGCUGUUGCUGAGGUUCUUUUGGCACUUGAACGAGCUGAACAAGAUGAUGCAUUGACAUAUGAGCAAUUAUUGUUGUUGGAGACGAGCUUGCUCUUUAGUGGGCUUAACUUCAGUGAUAGGCAUAGAGACAUGAGGAUGGAUAUUGAUAAUAUGUCCUAUGAGGAAUUGCUAGCGCUGGAGGAAAGAAUGGGCACGGUAAGCACCGCCCUAUCGGAAGAGCAAUUGUUAAGAUGCCUCAAGAGAAGCAUAUACACAACCAACCAUGUGGCCUGUGGAAUCACCUUCUGUGGGGAUGAAGAUAUGAGAUGCAGCAUAUGCCAGGAAGAGUAUGUCGGCGAAGAUGAAGUAGGUGAGUUGCCAUGCGACCACCGUUACCAUACUGCAUGCAUCGAGCAAUGGCUUCGGCAGAAGAACUGGUGCCCUGUCUGCAAAUCAUCUGCCUUUCCAGAACAUAAAACUGGCUGAAAUCAUUUGCCAAUCUUUCGUGAAAACAGACUUUUCCCUGUAAUAAAUCCAGAUUUCCUCUUUAGUGGCUCUUAUAUUCUUAAAUGUGCACUGGAAUUGUUAAGCUUGUGUGGAACAUUUCAUAUGAAGCAGCUCUCUUUCCCUGUAAUAAACAAGCCCAUCUAAAGAAGCAAUGACAAUCACUUUUAAAAUGAUCCAACACUGAAGAAAAAGCAAGUCAAUCUUUUGUUCCCAAAAACAAAAGAGGAGGAGAAUUUUGUUGUAUUCAUCUAAAAUUUUAGAUAUUUCCAAGGAACUAUUAUUUGUGCUCACAAAAAUUAAUAAGGGUUAGAAUAAUGGAGAAUCCUGCCUCAUGAAACUUCUAGUACCCACUGCGCUUGUGCCAAGUGGCUGCUUCUCCAUCUUUACAAUGAUAACAAAGCCUCUUGCGUUAUCAGUGUAGCAUACAGAGCCCCCAACCGAAGCAAGCGAUAAUAAGCAGCAUGGCUUUGAUCUCCUCGACGCGUUCUUUCCUCACUGGAAGCCCUCUUUCGCCCUUCCCCAAGCACAAGAAGGCGCUACACAGGGCGCCUCUGGUGGCCUGCAGGUGCUCCGUCGACGAUGGCUCAUCAAGUGGGAAAAGUGAGGCGAAAUUGGCCAAACUGGCGAUGGUCACAUUGGCAGCUGGGAUGCUGGCUCUUGGUAGUGUGGAUCCGGCGGCGGCUGCGAAGUCCGGCGGCAGAGUUGGCGGCCAGGCCUUCCGAUCUGCGGCUCCUAGGGUUUCCGGCCCGCGGAUUAACAACUCAAGUGAACUGCGUUUGCAUGGAGCUAGGGAGAUGAACUUGUUUACAUAUGAAAUGAGAGAAAAAGGAGAAUUAUAAAAGACCCGGUGAAAGUGACUGCUAAAGCUAGUUUUAGAAGAGCAACUAGAUGUGGUUCAUGAAGAGCUAUCUAGAAGAGGUAGGAUGUCAAGUAGCAUCAAAGAUCCUGAGAUUCUCCACUGAUUCUGAGAAGCCGUGUAGAUAAGCUUUAUUCUGUGAAUUGGCAACUGCUUGAAUUUUCUCCUUGCCACUCCAGAACAACCACAACGACAAUAACUAGGGGGAUCCAUGCUCGUUAUUUCCUGGUCAAGUGGUUCAGAUCAGAAAUUGAUGUUUUUUUUUUUUUUGAGAAUUAGAGUGGAAACAAGGACAAAUGUCCCCGUAGGUUGUCCACUGUUUGCAUACCAUUUGGCUAGAUCAUUAUUUCCUCAUUAUCAAUAAGAAUUCAUUUGCUCGUUUCAAACUUAGUUAGAUAGCAGAUCUGUAUUCUUUCCCUAUCAAAAAGUUUUAAUACGCGAUCAUUUCUCUAAGUAGCAUGUGCCUCAGUCUGUUGAUACAAAUGUCGGCACAAAUUUUGUUGUAGAAUGGACAUCAUCUUUGGUACCAACAGAAUGAUACUUCCAUUCAAGGAUCCGAAAUGAUUCUGACCAUGAUGAUGCCGUGCAGGACAAACAUCUACGUCAAUCCCCCAAUCGCCCCGCCACUUUUUGGCGGGUAUGGCUAUGGUGCACCGUUCUACGGUGGAUGGGGUUGGUCACCAUUCACAUUCUUCGCGCCAGGGCCGGGCAUCGCAGUAGGCGUGGGUGGCGGCUUUGAUGUUUUUGUUACAUUUCUAGUGCUUGGUGCCAUUGCAACUGUGAUCCGAAGGGUUUUUGGGAGCAAGGAUUAUGAAGAUGAUGACUAUUGAUGUAUCUUCCAAGUGGUGUUAGUAAAUAUAUGCAGGGAAAAAAAUUGCUUUAAUGGUGCCAUAAUUUUGGGGAAUGUAAUUGUUGUAUAGCAGAUCUUUAUAUUGAGUAACUUCUUGUGAUGUAAGCAAUAAGCCCAUGCAAUCUUUAUAUUGAUAUGCACGGGAAUUCUACAACAAAUUAUUUUGAAAAUUUA